CUUGCCUAAGGUCUCUAAGGUCCUGCAAGGUGAGCUUCACUCUUGCAUAAUUGGCUGUGAGCUUCCCAAGAGAUCCUCUCCUGCUUGGGAGUGUGUGAAGAGGGAAGCCAUGGACAUUCAGACAGCACAGAUUCUCAAAGGGGACUCCAUGAUUGAAGUCUCUGUUGAUUGGAGGGGCAAACCAUGCAGGCCCAACAAGCAUGGUGGCAUGAAAGCUGCUGCCUUUGUAUUAGCCAUCCAAGCAUUUGAAAUCAUGGCAAUCGCUGCUGUUGGGAACAACCUCAUCACAUAUGUCUUCAAUGAGAUGCACUUCCCUCUGUCCAACUCUGCCAAUGUCGUGACCAACUUCAUAGGGACUGUCUUCCUUCUCUCCCUCCUCGGUGGAUUCCUCUCAGAUUCCUAUCUGGGGAGCUUCUGGACUAUGCUUAUCUUUGGAUUUGUGGAGCUCUCAGGCUUCAUCCUCCUGUCAGUGCAAGCACAUCUCCCACAACUGAGGCCACCCCCCUGCAACAUGAUAUCCGAGGAGGAGCACUGCACGGAGGCCACAGGCUUCAAGGCCACCGUCUUCUUCCUCGCCCUCUACCUGGUGGCCGUGGGAAGCGGCUGCCUGAAGCCGAACAUGAUCUCCCAUGGCGCCGACCAGUUCAGGAACCACGACCCCGACCAGUCGAGGAAGCUCUCCACUUACUUCAACGCCGCCUACUUCAGCUUCUGCGCCGGGGAGCUCGUCGCCCUCACCGUUCUUGUUUGGGUGCAGACGAGGUCGGGCAUGGACGUCGGCUUCGGGGUAUCUGCAGGUGCCAUGGCUAUGGUGCUGGCCAUCUUGAUCUGCGGUGCCUUCUUCUACAGGAACAGGCCUCCCCAUGGCAGCAUCUUCAUGCCGCUAGCAAGGGUCUUCGUAGCAGCAUUCACCAAGAGAAAGCAAGUCUGCCCCUCCAUUAAUCCUCGAGUGCUUCAGAGAAGCCUCUUCAACUCACCCCAUCAUCUUGACGUCGACGAUGGUGGCCUUCGAUACACCACCAUGUUCAGGUUCUUGGACAAAGCCUGUGCGAGAGCUCAAGAUGGGUCCAACGAGAAGGAGAGCCCAUGGAGGCUGUGCACGGCUGCAGAGGUGGAGCAAGUGAAGGUGAUCCUUUCGGUCAUCCCCAUCUUCGCAUGCACCAUCAUCUUCAACACCGUUCUGGCGCAGCUGCAGACCUUGUCGGUCCAACAGGGAAGCGCCAUGAACACCCAGCUCACCAGCUCGUUCCAUGUUCCCCCUGCGUCGCUCCAAUCCAUCCCCUACAUCGUGCUCCUCGUCCUCGUCCCCGUCUACGAGACCACCUUCGUCCCCCUCGCCCGAAAGCUCACCGGAAACAGCUCCGGCAUCACCCCCCUGCAGCGCAUCGGCAUCGGCCUCUUCACCGUGGCUGUCUCCAUGGUGUCCGCGGCCGUGGUCGAGAAGAAGAGAAGGGAGACGGCGGUGGAUUCCGACAAGCUGCUCUCCAUCUUCUGGAUCGCGCCGCAGUUCCUCAUCUUUGGGCUCUCCGAGAUGUUCACGGCGGUGGGUCUCAUCGAGUUCUUCUACAAGCAGUCGGUGGCCGGCAUGCAGUCCUUCCUCACGGCCAUGACGUACUGCUCCUACUCCUUCGGCUUCUACCUGAGCUCCCUCCUUGUGUCGAUGGUGAACAAGAUCACAUCACUCUCGUCGAGCCGUGGAUGGCUCAGUGACAAUGACCUGAAUAAGGACAGGUUGGACCUCUUCUACUGGCUGCUGGCUGCCCUCAGCCUCCUCAACUUCUUCAACUACCUUUAUUGGUGCAGAUGGUACUCCAAAGGUCGACCUGCAUCGAUGAAUCCACCACCACCACCAUCGCCAGAAGACAGCCAACACAGCUUCUGUUCCUCUAAGCGUGUUGGAGCUGAGGGUAUUCUGUAAACAGUCAUCAUCACUUGAAUGAUUCUUUUCUUCUCUUCGCUCUUGACCUUGUAUUGAGAUUAAACAAGGAAGAAGGAAAAGGAAGCGUGAAACGAUCAUACCGUUAAUUCCA